CUGGGUGGGCAGGCCUGGGGUAGUUCCAGGGAAGUUCUGCCCCCAGCUCUGCCGAUCGACGCCGGCCCCGUGGCUCCUCCUAGAAACUUUUUUUCCCCCCCUCCUUGGUUUUUCAGAGUCGUGCGUUGAUUUCAUACCAAAGUCAUACUUUACAUUCCACCUUUACUGUCAAACCCGGAGAAAUAUUUAUUGAAAACAAAAAAGGCGCCCGAAUACAGAAAUAAAGAGUUUAUGUGAGUGAACUUUUGGGGGGAAGCGCUGGAACAGGCAGAAGCGCGGAGCUGAAGAAAGUUUAUUGGAUCUUCCCUACAAACUUCCCCAGAUUUUGGGGGGGUGAGCAGACCCGUUUUUGUUUUCCCAACCCGGGGGAGCAGAAGAGGAAACAAAAAGAAGUCAAUCAAUCCGAGGACUUCUUAAGUGCACGCAUUUCCUCGCGCGCCGCCUUAACAGUUUCAUAGUUGUCAGUCCAGGGCUCAUUGCAGGGCCCAAGGGGGAGCCGCCACGAUUGCGUCCAACGAGUGGAGUGCCAACGGCAGCCCGGAGGAGGGGCGGGAGGAUGGGGCUGACGGCCUGGACAAGGGCAUGGACGGGGACGCUGAGGGCGUGUGGAGCCCUGACAUCGAGCAGAGCUUCCAGGAGGCACUGGCCAUCUACCCGCCCUGUGGGCGCCGGAAGAUCAUCCUGUCAGAUGAGGGCAAAAUGUACGGUCGUAACGAGUUAAUUGCGAGAUACAUCAAGCUAAGGACAGGAAAGACCCGCACAAGAAAACAGGUUUCUAGUCACUUGCAGGUUCUUGCCCGGAGAAAGUCUCGCGAGAUACAGUCAAAGCUGAAGGCAAUGAACUUGGAUCAGGCCGCCAAAGACAAAGCUUUGCAGAACAUGGCAGCCCUGUCCUCAGCACAGAUUGUAUCUGCCAGCGUGAUGAAGAGCCAACUGCCCCCCCUGCCUCAGCCACCUUACCCACCACCUGCCCGAUUCUGGUCAGGUCACAUCCCAGGACAGCCUGGACCCUCUCAGGAGCUGACUCUUGAGAUGAACCCGGGAGGGACUCCUGGGCUCGGUCGCACCAGCUAUGCCAUCAAACCAUUUGCACAGACCCCAUACCCCAACAUUCAAGGCCCUGUGCCAACGCCCAUAUCAACCUACGAGCCCCUGCCCGCCCCCCUGCCUCCGGCCGCCACAGCAGUGCCCGUGUGGCAGGACCGGACCAUCGCCUCCUCCAAGCUGCGCUUGUUGGAGUACUCGGCCUUCAUGGAGGUGCAGCGGGAUCCCGAGACGUAUAGCAAACACCUAUUCGUUCACAUCGGGCAAACCAACCCCUCGUACAGCGACCCUCUGUUGGAGGCGGUGGACAUCCGGCAGAUCUAUGACAAGUUCCCGGAGAAGAAGGGUGGCCUAAAGGAGCUGUAUGAAAAGGGCCCACAGAAUGCUUUUUUCCUGGUCAAGUUCUGGGCUGACCUGAACAGCAGCGGGAUGCAGGAUGGCCCUGGGUCCUUCUAUGGUGUGAGCAGCCAGUACAGUAGUUCUGACAAUAUGACGAUCACCGUUUCAACCAAGGUCUGCUCCUUUGGCAAGCAGGUGGUAGAGAAGGUUGAGACAGAAUAUGCUCGUGUGGAGGGUGGAAGGUGUGUGUACCGGAUCCAUCGCUCCCCCAUGUGUGAGUACAUGAUCAACUUCAUCCACAAGCUCAAGCACCUGCCAGAGAAGUACAUGAUGAACAGCGUGCUGGAGAACUUCACCAUCUUGCAGGUUGUAACAAACAGGGACACCCAGGAGACUCUGCUGUGCAUAGCGUUUGUUUUUGAGGUAUCAACGAGCGAACAUGGUGCACAGUACCAUGUCUACCGGCUUGUAAAGGACUAGGGGUCCUAUGUGGAGGAGCUCAGCAUCAACUGAGAGCCUGGACAUCGACUUCAAUGAAAAAUGUCAAACCAAAAAUAAUAAUAAUUACAUGUAUACACACACACACACGCACACACAACAUGACAACAGUAAACAGAAAAAAAAUGUAUGUUUUAUAGCACAGUGGGUAUUUUCUACUAUCAUUACUAAUUUUGUAAAAUAGGAAAAGUAUGAAGUUGAAAGAGAAAAACAAAAAACUAUGCACUACUUUGUGUACGGAUUGCGUGUGUGUGUGUGUGUUUGUGUAUAUACACAUACACACACGCACACACAGAGCAAGUUACAUCGGUUAUGUUCCUUCACUGUUUUCAGGGAUGAUGUGAGUAUAUAAUUUUGUGAGCCGAUGAGGAAGUUUUUACAGUAUGUGUUCGCAAAGAUUCAUCAACAGGAAGUAGGACUAGACAUGAGGUUGCAGAAUGCGAUGACACAAGAUAGGUCAAAUAAAAAAUCAGGCCAUUGUAAGCACAUAAACUCAGAAGGUUCUGGUAAUUCGAUGAUGGUGUCAAAUAUACAACCCUGGAGGCAACUGCAUGGAGUGACUUUGGAGCCUGAUCACUACCUCUUUGUCUUGGAUAAAGCUGAAAGCCGAAAGAAAGCAGGGGGUAUGAGCAGCUGUGGCUGCUGUCUGGAGGAGGCGGCAUUCUGGAUUCUGGAAGUGCUCUUUUAAGCAGGGAGUCGUUCGGCAGAGGAAAGCAGAAGGACAAAAGAAGUUGGCAUUUUAAAUAUUUCUGAAAAUGUGGGUACGUUCUGAGUUUCCGCCAGCGCAAACAGUGGGGAAAAGGCUCUUCUGUUUUGUUACAGGGGUUCUUUCGGUCAGCUGCGGAACUAUACCGAAGUUAUGUUUAAAUAGGACGUGUGCUUGUUUUUCUUAACUAAUUAGGAACAAACGCAAAUUGGGGCUGAGUAUAUCUACCUCCUGGUGCUUUGUGAUCUUUUUUUUUGUUUGUUUGUUUGUAUUUUUUAAGCCUUAAACCAAGAGCCUGUUUGGAAUGCCACAGAAAGGGUACGAGGCCCCUGGCCAUGUCGGUACCCAAAGAUUUCCAGCACUUAAUGGACCCAUGCCACAGUCAUGCUUUGUGUGUAGCUACCCUUACUUUCACAACCAUUUGACGGAGACAAGCGUUGAAGUCAAAGGUGCUGUGACGUCAAAUGCAGGGUAUAUAAAACAAGAUGUGUAUUUUUUUCUUUGUUUGGAAGCUGCCUUAACACAGCAUCAACUGUUUCUUAAUAGUGUACCUGGAGAUAAUGGAGAACAUGUUACGUAGGAAUAGUCUGAGCAUUUGUUCAUAAUUUUCACAAACCCCUCAUUAAUACCUUAGCACAGAAGUCAGGUUUUUUUAUUCUUCAAAAAAAAUGGUUUCUGAAAACUGUAUUUUUCAUUUAAUGUAUUCACAUGGAAUUCAGGCCUAAUGUGGUUAAUUCUGUUUUUUUUUUUUUUUAACACCCAUCGUAAGUGUAUGGUAUCGCUGCACUCCAGUUGCACAGGUUUUUCAUUUAUUUAAUUUUCUUUUUGAAAAUAAUUCACAAGUAAACCUAAUCAAUUGGAAAACAAAUGACUGCUGCUGCAAAAAAAGUAUGUGGCUGAGAUUCUGUUUUCCUUCUAACUGCCAUGUGCACUACAGUCACACAAAGGCAAAGUUUUGAAGCAAAAGGUUUUCUUUUCCCCCUUAACUAUUGAGAGAAGCUCAGAAAUGAUGUGCAUUACAAGUUCAGGUAGGAAGGACUGCCUACAUCCUGUCUUUUUUCCUUGAAAAGGUCAUUUAGUGUCUGAGCGCUUGCAUUAUUUGUAGCAGGUGGACAUUGGAGAAAAUGGGAACACUAAUAAUUCACCAUGUGUGACACAAUGUGUCAUUUCAGGGGAAAUACAAACAGGUAUACAAACACAUAUUCAUGAUUUUUCGUAUGCAUGCGAAUGAACAGUUAAGAAUAAGAUUGACAGCCGUGUUCCCCUACCUUCCCUGUUGUGUAUGUAUGUGUGUGUGUGUGUGUGUGUGUGUGUGUGUGUGUGUGUGUGUGUGUGUGUGUGUGUAUUUGCAUGUAUUCUUCUUUGAGUCUCUAUUUCCUCUAUGUAGCAAUGGAAAUGGUGACUGACAGCCAGUUCAGAAAUGACCCGACAAAGGUUGUAAUACCUGUUGUUCAGGUUGUGUUGUGUCUGUUGACUGUUCUUAAGUGUGGUUACAUCAGGACCUGGGAGGUUUACACAUCUGUUCUUCAAACUAAUUUUGUCAUUGCAAAUGGAAAAAAAAAAAAAACCCUAUCUGAACAUUUUACAUCCUCAUGGCAAUUUCUGGGUGGGGGGAAGGGAGUAAGCAGGGGGUUUGGCAGACUACUCCGGUCAGUCUCUGGACACAGGAGUGACCGGUAUAUGUGUAGCAGGGGAUGUCUGACAAUACAUGAAAUUGUGGUUUAUUGAAACAGUGCAUUUCUCUGUGUCUUUCCCUUUUGUAACGCUCAUUUUCCAGGCCUUUCAGUAAGAGCUUCCACAUCCAUUGUAUACUGUGUUUGUUGUUGUUGUUUUUGAUAUUGUUUAGGUAUGUGUAUGAAUUCUAAGCUGAAAGGGAGGGGGGAUGUUAUUUUGUAUUUUUCCCCCUUUUUCAUUUGGUGGUGCCUUGGUUCCAAACAGUGCGUUGCAUUCUUGUAUAUUCUGUUCUUUACAAUGUGAUGGGUUGUAUCUUAUAAUCUGUGUAUUGUGUAUAAUCUACAAAUAAAAAUACGCAUGGUGCCUUA